ACCCUUCCUGUGGCGAGUUUACCCUCGCGGCACGACCGAAACUCAAACUUCGGCGCGUCGCCGAACAGGAACAGUCUUCCUUCCGAUCGUCGCAAACGGGCCGAGGCAAUCCGUCGAAACGACGACGUUCGCCGGUAGAAUGCCGCGAAACACCUGACUCGAUAAAAACGUCGGUGCGACGCGAGCCGUCGCGACGAUGCAACACGUGCCGCGGCCGGGACACCUGUUCAGUUCAUCGUGAAACACCAAUUUCUUCCCGAUUCCGGGCACAUAAGCAGGGUCUUCAUGAAUGCCGAUCGGUGAAACAAGCACGCGGAUACACAGCCGGAACAAUGUACGGCAUGCUGUUGGAGAGUGUGCAGCACUUCGUGCAGCUAGAAUAUGGCGAAGAAGUGUGGCUUCAAAUCUUGGAGAAAGCUGACUGCAAGCAUAUGGUUUUCAACACACGGCAAAUAUACCCUGACGAGCUUAUGACUAAUCUGGCAGCUGCAUUGGCAGCAUUGAACGGCGACUCGGUAGACAAUGUGAUGCGAUUCUUCGGCAAAUGUUUCGUAAGAUUCUUUAGCAACUUAGGGUACGUUUGCACGAUAAAAGCGACCGGUCGUUAUUUCUGCGACUUUUUACAAAGCGUCGACAACAUCCAUAUGCAAAUGAGAUUCACGUAUCCGAAAAUGAAAAGCCCGUCGAUGUACACCACGCACGUCGACAAGGAGGGCGUAGUGUUGGUCUAUCGGAGCACUAGGCAAGGUUUCACACAUUAUUUCAUGGGUCAACUAUUUCAAAUAGCGGAAGAGCUUUACAAAACGAAAUUGAACAUUAGGGUACUAGAAAGUUCAAACAAUAUACCGGGCUCCAGGAGUGUGAUGGUUAAAUUUAGAAUCGAUUUUGACAAUCGUGAUUAUAUCGCGAAAGACAGCAGAAUGAGAACACCGCUGGGAAAAGAAUUAGCACCGGUGUCCUGCACGUUUCUGUUACGGCUUUUCCCUUUCGGAGUCGUGAUAAACAAAGACAUGCGAGUACUGGGGAGUGGUGAAAAAUUGUUGCAGGCCUGGGGUGGCAACACAUCCAUUCUGAAUAAGCACAUCACAGAAAUCUUCAAGCUGCGCAGGCCGAAAGGGAUUUCUUUUACGUGGGGCAAUGUAAUGUAUUUGCAUUCGGUGAUGUUUGAAUUAGAACUAAUUCGAUCGAUCAAUGGGAACACGUCGUCGAGCACAGACAAUAAUGCAAGUACAAGCUCGAGUUUGGACAGACGAGGCAGCCAGGGAGCCAGAAGUAUUUUGUUGAAGGGUCAGAUGAGGUACUUGGACGACAUUAAGGCGAUCAUUUUCUUGUGUAGCCCGCUAAUUAACAGUUUGGACGAGCUUCUGAACAUGGGUCUAUACUUGAACGAUUUAAAUCCCCAUGGUCUGAGUCGAGAAUUGGUUUUAGCGGGAUGGCAGCAUUGCGGAAGAUUGGAGAUGAUGUUCGAGCGAGCGGAACAAAGGUCAGCAGAAUUGGAGAACAGCUACGCGCUGCUGGACCGUUGGAAAAACAAAAGCGACGAGCUUUUGUAUUCUAUGAUCCCGCAGACUGUAGCCGACCGUUUGCGAGCUGGUGCGUGCCCUUUGAGCACCUGCGAGUCGUUCGAGUCGAUCAGCGUUCUGUUCUGCGAGCUCUGCGAUUUCGAUUACUCGACCAUCGAGGGUGCAAUGGAUAUCGUCUCGUCGAUGAACGCAGUUUUCUCGUGUUUCGACUCUUUAAUGGACCAAUUCAACGUGUACAAGGUAGAAACGGUUGGUCGAAUUUACAUGGCGGCCAGUGGCGCUCCGGAUAGGACCGAAUGUCAUGCACAGAACAUCGCGGACGUCUCGUUGCAACUGAUAAAGCAUGUACAAUCGCUAAAAUUGCCCUCCGGUCUCGAUAUACAUAUUCGAAUAGGAAUUCAUUCGGGGCCAGCUGUGGCAGGUGUUGUUGGCAUCAAAGUGCCGAGAUAUUGCUUCUUCGGGGACACUGUAAAUACUGCUUCGAGGAUGCAGUCAACUAGUCUCCCGGGGAAGGUUCACAUCUCGGCGGACACCAAAGCACUGUUAGUCGAAGAUCGCUACCGCAUUGACUCGCGCGGAGUAGUUUGUGUCAAGGUUCGUACCGCAAGAAAUCGGAUUCUCAGAUCCUUGGUCGCGGAACGCAAAGAUGCUGAAUUUAAUGUUAAACCACGCGAUUAUGUUAAAUACGUAGACUAUGAUUCGCUUGGUUUCAAUUCACCGAAGAGGCCGAACGUCUGCGACGACUGUGUGUGCGGUGUGGGAAGAAAAAUAAGGAUCGUUGGCGGAGACGUGGCAAGCGUUUACGAAUACCCAUGGAUGGUUAGCAUGAGCAACCACGGUACAUUUUACUGCGCGGGAAGUUUAAUCACUCGAAGACACGUGCUCACGGCGGCUCACUGCAUGGAGGGGUUCAACACGAAGAGCAUAAAACUGGUCCUAGCAGACAGCGACCGUCCAAAAUUGAACAAAAACGCGAUAGUCCGCCGCGUCAAAUCGGUCUCCAUCCACGAAAACUUUCACUCGUACACGUUCAACAACGAUAUCGCUAUCAUCGAAAUGGACCGGCCGGUGGAUGUGAAUGGCAUCGUGAGAACCGCGUGUCUACCAGAAGAUAAAGCUAUCGACUACACAGGAGCAACGGCUACGGUGGUCGGCUGGGGUCGAACUGGAGAGGAUCAAGCUGUAAGCAACGAAUUGCGAAAAGUCAGCCUCCCAAUUUUAUCGCAGGAAGAGUGUGAUCAGGCGGGAUAUCAGAAGGAAAGAAUCACUGAGAACAUGUUCUGCGCCGGUUAUCUGGAAGGUGAACGCGACGCCUGUUUCGGCGAUAGCGGCGGUCCCCUCCAUGUAAAAGGAACGUACGGACAUCUUGAAGUAGUCGGUAUUAUUUCAUGGGGUCGUGGUUGCGCGAAACCAAAAUUCCCAGGCAUCUACACGAAACUAACAAACUAUCUCGGAUGGAUGACGGAUCAUCUCGACGGUGAAUGCGUCUGUCCGCCGCCGCGUCAUUAAUCUGUGACGCCUGAGGAUCUUAUCAACGUAAAACACAACUGGGCACCUUAAGGAACAAACGAUCAAGCACAUUCCGAGCGUUGAACUUAUUCAUCGGUACUUAUAAUGUUCUAUGAUUAAUCAACGAAACUAGAUCGAUCAGUAUUAAGAGAUAGCGUUAAAUGUGCCCAUAAUUAUGAAAGUGGUCUAAG